AUGAAGACUUUUGAGGAAAGCUCUGAGUUGGAUGCUAUACAGAAGCAUUUGCUUGAAGACUUCAUCGUUUCUGAUGGUUUCAUGGGUGAUUUUGACUUUGAUGCUUCUUUUGUUUCAGGACUUUUGUGUGUAGAACCUCAGGUUCCUAAACAAGAACCUGAUUCGCUGGUUCUUGAUCCGGAUUCGUUCGUCAAAGAGUUUCUACAAGUGGAAAAAACAGAACCAUCAUCAUCAUCAUCAUCGUCGUCGUCGUCAAGACCUGGAGUUUCAGAGCUGAAUUCACCAUCAAAUGAGACUGAUGAGAGUGUCUUGACCUUCGAAAACGCAAAGAGGUUUGAAGAACCAAUCAGGCAUUACAGAGGAGUGAGAAGAAGGCCGUGGGGGAAAUUUGCCGCAGAGAUUCGGGAUCCGGCGAAGAAAGGAUCAAGGAUCUGGCUAGGAACAUUUGAGAGUGAUGUUGACGCUGCAAGAGCCUAUGACUGUGCAGCCUUCAAGCUCAGGGGAAGAAAAGCCGUUCUCAACUUCCCUCUCGACGCUGGCAAAUAUGAAGCUCCGGCGAAUUCAGGACGGAAAAGGAAGAGAAGUGAUGUGCAUGAGGAGCUUCAAAGAAGUCAGAGCAAUUCAUCGUCAUCAUCGUCAAGUGAUGGAGAAACGACCUGUGAGUGA